GUGUCUACACAAAGUAAUGGAGCUCAAUAAACCAACAAGUGUGGUGAUUAUUGGAGACGGGCAAAUUCUCUCCUCCGCAUGCAGACACAUUCUCGGAAAAAGGUUCCAGGGGAUUCAUCAGAGUUUCACAAACGUGAACCAGACUCCACCUGGCCACGCUCUCGAUCAGAUAAACUCUGGUGACUGUGUUGUAAACUUGUCAACAGAUAGAAAUCUGCUGGAUGUACUGGCAGCCACAAACCGUUGCGGCAGUGCUAUCAACUUUAUCAGACAACACUUUCAGGGUAUCUCUGGUAUGUCCUCCCUGCUAAAGAACUUGUCAGUAGUCAACUUCCAAGCUGCUUUCGUCAAACUCUCAUCAUAUUGGACGCUUAUAAAACCAGAGUUACAAAACGCCGCUAAAGAUUUUACCUAUAAUGCUGUUUUAGAUCCGUCUGCUGUUUCUUUUACCUCUCCUUGCAGCUUCCCAGGUGGAAAAACUAUUGAGGUGACGGUUCACACAAAAUGCCCCCUCAUUGAGAGGGUCAUUUGUGAUUUUUUCCAACACCGGACAAGAUUUCGUGUUGUAUUCUGCAAACCAGUCUGUAAACACGACAAUGGAGACGCUAAGCUAUCGAAUAAUAUAAUUCUAUUCGUAAGAAUCGAUGACAUGGUUUGGAAUUGCGAGACAACCGCCGCGGUACCAGUCAAGACAUCAUAUUCAAAGAUUUUCUCACCACUAACUGUACGCUCGUGGCUCUUUGGAUCUAUUUUGGGAUCCGAAAUGGAAAAUGAUAAUCGUGUUUUUGUGCUAGGACUAAUAUCAAGUGGUAAUCAGUAAUUUAUCUUUGAAACCUACUGCUACUGAUUACUAUGCUAUACUAUAUAUACUAUGACACCCGUAUUUAAUUGCUGAUAAGAGCUAAAACUUUACAGGGAAUGGGGAUGUAACUUUAAGUUUAAAGCCUAAGAUAGAUUAUGAUUAAAUCGGACUUCUCAAUUUACUUUUAGUUUUAUGUGCUUCUGUAAUCUGUAAGUGUAUGUUUGAUGUUGUAUUUGGCAAAUAUAAUACCAAGAUAAGUGAACAUUUUUUAUCUAAAGUCGUAAGGAGGGCUAAAGUAACUAUGAGGAUAAGGGUUCACUUUUUUGGUAACUUCCUGUUUAAAUAAUUUUUUGGCACGUUUGUUUUUAAACAUUAAA